GCUCUGCUCUUUCAAGUGGCUGCUCAUGGGCUGCUUUCCUGCGCGGUCACGCCCCAGGUCUGGAGAUGUCGGUGCCGUCUCCGCGCUCCCGGUGGCGGACUGUAAACUGUUUUGUCUCCUCACAGGAAUAGACUAAAAGGACAAAAAAAUGUCCAGCUCAAGGCUUUACUGAUUUUCAGAAACCACUGGCCUGUGAAAAGACAAAGAGUCAGAAAAGCUCUCAGGCAGUAGAAAGCCCUGCAUGACACGAUGAGCGCCCAUCUGUAAUCGAGCUUGGACGCUUUUCCCCCCUCGACGAGUUGCCGUCUACAGCCACUUUGGGAGCCAGAGUCGCCAUGGAGACAGUGGUGAUUGUGGCAAUCGGGGUAUUGGCCACCAUUUUCCUGGCCUCCUUCAUCGCCCUGGUGGUGGUGUGUAGACACCGCUACUGCCACCCGCACGACUUGCUACACCACUUCGACUCCAAACCCACAGUGGAUCUGAUUGGAGCCAUGGAGACCCAGAGCGAACCAUCAGAGCUGGAGCUGGAUGAUGUGGUCAUCACUAACCCUCAUAUUGAAGCCAUCUUGGAGAAUGAGGACUGGAUAGAGGAUGCCUCUGGUUUGGUGUCCCACUGCAUCUCUAUCCUGAAGAUCUGCCACACUUUGACUGAAAAGCUGGUUGCAAUGACAAUGGGCUCAGGGGCAAAGGUUAAAGCACCAGCCAGCUUGAGUGAUAUUAUCACUGUGGCCAAGCGCAUCAGCCCAAGGGUGGAUGACGUAGUCAGAUCCAUGUACCCUCCUCUGGAUCCAAUCCUGCUGGACGCCAGGGCCACUGCUCUCCUCCUUUCAGUCAGCCACCUGGUCCUGGUCACCCGCAACGCCUGUCACAUGUCCGGCAGUAUGGACUGGAUCGAUCAGUCGCUCCAUGCGGCGGAAGAUCACAUGGUGGUUUUGCGUGAGGCGGCACUAGCUUCUGAACCAGAAAGAUGCUUAGCUGGAGCUGAUGCUCAGAGAGAGCAGGCCAUCUAAGGCAAACCACAGUGGCACCCUACCCAGCUACCAAACUCAUCCAUUCCAAAUAAAAAGGCGCCUUCAGUAAACAGGCUAUGAUCAUAGAUGCAGGGACAGUGAUUUUCAUAGUAACUUAACUACACCUACAUAGUGAUAUCAAUGUAGAUCUGUCAGCAUCACAUACAGCCACUUUUAUGUAACCCUACAGCAGAUCUCUUGACAGCAGAAGGUCUUUGGAAAUUUCUUCGAGUGUGCCAUCACUGAACGGUGGGCCUAAAUCCACUAAACAGCCCUGCACAGUCACAUGGUGGCUUAGUCAGCUAAUCCAUUCUGAGGAAAAUAACACCCAUUAGCCAGUGAACCCAGAAGGGCUCAGUGGGUGAAUGGAAGACUUCCCCCGAGAUGGUUCCAAUUUUGGAGGUCAGCUCGACAUGUGGAUGUUAAAGAAAAAAAUCCCUCAGAUACUCCUACGCUGUUAAAAAUGACCCGUCUGUGAAUUUUCUAAGAUCAGGUGCAAAGGAUUUAGACAUUUGAACCACAGAAUAAAAAAAAACAAACUUUUUCUAGUUGUCUGAUGCUAUUUUCACUCUAGUGUUUCUUCCUUUUGAACAUUUUUAGCCACACCAGCAAACUGAUUCAUAUGCUGCAAUGUUGGACUUACAGUUAUGCUCUUAGUAGAUCGUUUGGCACAAAAUUGUGAAAGUCAUUCAGGAUUCCUAGAAGAACCCCAAACAGUGUGGUAAUCCUCUUGACUUCUUCUUUAGAGGUUUCUCAACAACUUGGAUUGCCAUGAAAGUUGGCACAAGCACAGGCCAGGAAGUCAAACUCAGUCAGCAGUCUGGUGCAUCCUCUGAUAACAGCUGAUCUAAAGCCAGCCCACUUUGGCUCAUGGCUCAUCUCCCUUUUACAUACACUGGCAAAUCUGCAUAGAACAUUCUGUUUAAGAUGCUUUGUCCUUGUUACAGUUGCUGCACUCCUGCAAGUCACUUAGCAACCCACCCCAGCUCCUCCUUUCAUCCUAUGUCAGACUUAAUAUUAUGUCUGUUGUCAUUUUGGACUGCUCUGUUCUGUGAUUUCUGGGAGCACGUGUGGAGAAUGGCAAAGAGCCACACUGUGAAAUAUAAAUUACUUCACAUAGAAAAAAAUGUUUUAGUGGCCCUGCCAGAAAUAUAUGACAAUCAGUGUUUCAUCUGGCAGGUCAAAACUGUAAUCUGUGGGAUAUGUUGGUCUGUGACUGAAUUCCUGCAAAUGAUGCGCCCAUUAGUAUCCACUGAUUUUUAGUGCUCAUUAGCAAAGGUUAGCAUGCUAUUUUGAGCAUGUUAGCAUUAGAUUUUUUUCUUUGUUUGUUUGUGUAUGGUUUUUAAAUGUCAGAGAUGGAUAAUGAACCAACAUGAGAACAACAUCUUAAAAACAAAUAGCUAAAAAUUGCUGUGAAAUUCAGCUGUAGCGGCCAUUUCUAGCUUCGUGUUACUCUAUAAAAAAAA